CACAGUUCCUGGUGAGUAUUUGAAUGGCUGCACUGAGGAAAUAUCAAUCAUUAGUUCAUUCUCUUUAUAAGAGAGGGACAGGACCUGCUCAGAGUGUAGAGCACCGCUGACACCUACUACUCUAACCAAAGAGGAGAGCCAUCCUCUUCUCACCAACUCUCCUAUCGACACAAAGGAGGCAUGAGGCUUAGAAUCCAUCAACCAUCGAUCCUUGAUCCAUUCACUUCAGUGUGUGCCUACUGUCUAAUCAAUCGGUGGGUGGGACUCUGGUUACUAUAGUUACUAUGGGGUGGGGAUAAGUUCUGCGCAUGCGCUAUGCUCAGUUAAGUUGCAAAGAUCCAGCCCCGCCCUUGUUUACUCCAGAUCUAGAAACAAAGGCAAUGGCUUCAAGUCGCACUGAGAGUACAAGGAACCUCAUUCACUCCAGCAGCUCGCAUAAGCUCCGUCCAAGGCCAGUGACAGUAUCUGGGGUCUCUGUGGCCUCCACAACUUGGCUAGCCUGCACUUUCUUAAUCAUCAUUGGUCUGGUUGUUGCCGCAGGAUUCCCCCAAUGGACCACUAUCAACUCACCUACCACCUCACUCCAGGCCAUUAACAUUGAAACAGGUUUAUUCUACAUGUGUUACACCCCAGGACUAGGGCAGGACUCCAGUGUGCAGCCAAUUUGCUCUCUUUACGUCUAUCCUGAGUUCUCUCCUUCAAACAGGACAAAUCUGGCCAGUAUUGAUCUCAGUGAUAUUGUCUAUCUCUUUACUAGUAGUAUCUGCUAUGGUGUUGGUACUUGCCUUAUAAUGCUAUCCCUCAUUAUUGGAAUUGUGGCUUAUUGUAAGCCCAGAAUAAAGGAGAAGUCCAUAUACCUUGUGGCUUUUGUACUGCAACUAUUUGCAUGCCUGUUUCUUCUUGCUGGGAUGGUUCUUUUUCCUCUUAUAUAUCAUUCUGAUUUUGCUCGUCAGUUUUGUGGUACUCAAGCAGAUUAUUAUGUCAGAGGAAAGUGCAGCGUUGGUUGGUGUGCUCAGUUGGCCAUGGUGGUCGUUAGUCUCUCAUUUUAUUUGCCACCUCUGGCAAUAUUCUCAAUGAAUAUUGCCGACGGGUUGAAGUCCUAUGGCUGCUGUUAAAAAACUGCAUAUGCACUCUUCUUGACAUGAUUUUAGAUAUUAUAACUGCAUUAUUGUUAUUAUGAAGUUUAUAAUUUUUUAAACUGA